GAUCCUCUCUCGUCUGGAAAAUUUAAGAUCCAUGCAAAAUUGAAUCGUCUUCCCUGGUCUGAGGAAUGCAGUGAUGGAGAAAAACCUGGUCUGGUAAAACCGAAACUUAAGUCCCCUCUUCUGGUUUCACGAGUGAGGGAUGGAGACUGGCGUUGGCCAAGAUUCUACCAGCGUCCCCAACACCAGCAUGGCGGCCCAGGACCCCACCAGCUUCCCCAGCACCACCAUGGCGGCCCAGGCCCCCACCAGCGUCCCCAGCACCAGCAUGGCGGCCCAGGACCCCGCGAGCGUCCCCAGCACCAGCAUGGCGGCCCAGGCCCCCGCCAGCGUCCCCAGCACCAGCAUGGCGGCCCAGGCCCCCGCCAGCGUCCCCAGCACCAGCAUGGCGGCCCAGGCCCCCGCCAGCGUCCCCAGCACCAGCAUGGCGGCCCAGGCCCCCGCCAGCGUCCCCAGCACCAGCAUGGCGGCCCAGGCCCCCGCCAGCGUCCCCAGCACCAGCAUGGCGGCCCAGGCCCCCGCCAGCGUCCCCAGCACCAGCAUGGCGGCCCAGGCCCCCGCCAGCGUCCCCAGCACCAGCAUGGCGGCCCAGGCCCCCGCCAGCGUCCCCAGCACCAGCAUGGCGGCCCAGGCCCCCGCCAGCGUCCCCAGCACCAGCAUGGCGGCCCAGGCCCCCGCCAGCGUCCCCAGCACCAGCAUGGCGGCCCAGGCCCCCUCAAGCAUGGCGGCCCAGGCCCCCUCAAGCAUGGCGGCCCAGGCCCCCACAAGCGUCGCCAGCACCAGCAUGGCGGCCCAGGCCCCCACCACAACUCUAAAACUAGUCCAUCAAACACCUCCAGUCAGCUUGGUGCUCUCCAGCAUGAAUCUGGUAAUCAAAAGCAAGGAUGAGUACCUGAUUAAAUGGUCCUGUUGACUAAUGGACUAAAAGGGGAUCAGAACUGAAGGUCAUGUGCCUGAAGGUUUCAAAACCUUUCCAUACAACCAUCAAACCUCAUCCUGAGCUCCAUGAGCCUCUGCUUCUUGGCUGGAAUCACAGGAGACAAUGGGAUAGAGUUAAUAUGCAUCCUGUUAAUAAAUGAUAAAUUCUGA